AUGUUCGACUUCAGGAUCAUCCUGAAGAUACUGCAGUUCCUGAAAAUAUUUUUUUAUUUAUUUUUUGAGAAUUUCUUCUUAUUCCCAUUUCCUCCACGCAAAAAAACUUUUGCUGGGGAAAUAGUGCUUAUUACUGGCUCUGCAAAUGGGAUUGGAAGGCAGAUUGCCAUAAAUUUUGCUCCUUUGGGAGCAACCUUGGUUCUUUGGGACAUUGAUGAUGAAGGUAACAAAGAAACAAGCAGAUUAGCCCAAAAAAAUGGAGCUAAACGAGUAUUUGCCUACCACUGUGACUGCAGCAACAGGGAGGAGGUCUAUGAACAGGCAGACAAGGUUAGAAGAGAAGUUGGGGAUGUUACUAUUCUAAUCAAUAAUGCUGGCAUACUGCUUGGGAAAAUGUUCUGUGACAUUCCAGAUGCAGAUUUUGAAAAGACCUUAAGAGUCAACUUCCUCUCUCAAGUCUGGACUUGCAAGGCCUUUCUUCCAGCCAUGAUGACCUGCAACCGUGGACACCUGGUUAGCACAGCCAGUGUAGCGGGAUUGUUGGGAGUCCACAGAAUGUCAGAUUAUUCUGCAAGUAAGUUUGCAGUCAUUGGAAUGAUGGAAGCCUUAAAUUCGGAGCUGCAUCAUACAGGAAAACGAGGCAUUAAAAUCACAAUCGUUUGCCCUUAUUUUAUUAACACUGAAUUAGCUAAAGGUUUUCAAACCCAAAACUGCAUUCUUCCUGUUUAUCAUGCAGAGUAUGUAGCCAGCAAGAUCAUGGAUGCAAUUCGAAAGGAAAAGUUUUAUCUAAUCAUGCCUCUGACUUUACACUUUCUUGCUUUCAAAACUCUCAUUGCUAGAAAAAUGGUGCUACUCUUCGAAUCUUGCCUCAAGAUCACCAACAGCUUGGACAAAGCCUUCGGUCGGAAGAAAAAGGAUUGA